AUGUCGUUGCAAUUCUAACCUAAUGCUAACUCAGUAUUAGGAGCAUUUUAAAGAGUCGGAUUAAAUCAAGGGCAAGCUUACUAACCUGAUCAGAUAUAUUAAGCCUUGGAUCAAUUAACAGGCUAAGCGUAUGAUAGGGAUGUGGCCACUUAAAUUUAUGAACAAUGCACUCCAAAUCAAAGAGGAUAAGUUUAAAUUGAAGAAUUUUCACAGAUUUUGAUAUCUGCUGAUGCGAUGUUAAAGAAAAAGAUUAAUGAUACCGAAAAAUAAAUUUAGUAGUUGGUUGAGGAAUCAAAGGAUUGUCAAAGACAAGUAUAGGAAAUACAAUACACUCAAUAAUAAAAUUAAUAUGGUAUAGACAUUGAUUCAUCUCUCAAUUUAAUCAUAAAGUCAGCCUCAGGAAUCACAACUCAAGAUUUCAUUUAAAGUUAUGUAUCAAUAUCAGUUGAUAAUAAUGAAUAAAUUGCUUAGCAGAGUGGAGGAGAUAAGUUCCAUCCAAUAUUUAAUGAGCAAUUGGGAUUCCAAAUCAAAACAGGAAGAGAGAAUGUUACCCUGAGCUUAUUGAUCUAAGAUCGAAACCAAAAGAAAUCUUUGGUUGGACAAGCUAGGAUAGAUUUGUCUUAAUUAUAAGAUUAAUAAGUCCAUUCUCUCCAACUCCAAUUGUAAAAUGAUAAACAAUAAUAUGCUUCUCCAACCAUAUAAUUCGAUGUCCAGUGGAUUUAUAAUAAAUUAAAAUAUUACCAAGAAAUGAUCUCUAAAUUCGAAGCUGAUAUCCAACAACACUACAAUGAUAUCGAAGAUUACAAAAGAGAUCUAUUUGUAGUUUAAUAGCCUUUCAUGGAUAAAAGUUAAAGGCAGAAUCUUUAAUCCUCCUUGAAACCACAAACAAACUCAAAGGUGCAAACUAACUCUGCCCUGCUUUAUUAGCAACAAUAAAACUAACCGCAAAUAUACAAGCCUACAACACCUCAAUAAUCUUAAAGAUAGAACUAAGAUAAUAUUCAACCACAAUUUCAAGGAGAGGCCUCAGAAGAACUUAGUGAUGAAAUAUAUUAUGGAUUCAUCUUGUAUCUUCUGAUGAUUGUCUUAUCCAUGUUCCAAUGUUUUGCAAGACCAGCCUAUGUGGAUAUUUUAUUAGGCACUUUGUACUUGUUGAUUAUCUGCAGAGAUUGCUUUACUCCAGAGUACUUGAAAAUAGUGGGGGCAAUAACAGUCUUUACCAUAGUUUUAGAUAUAUUUUGGAUAGCAAUUUACAAAAAUUGGUGGAGUGGCACAGACAAAACUCUACCCACUUGGGGAGAAGCUGGAGAUCCAAUUGUCAGAAUAACUAUAGUGUUUUGCAUAUUCAACAUGAUUUUAAAGGUAAAAAGCUAUCUUAAUCACUUGUAGACUGCCCUGUGCUAUAUAAUAUUCCACUAUUAUAAGGCUGCUUAAACAAAUUAAGUCUUGAAGUUCAAAGCAUGGUAGUUGGAAUUCUAGAUCGGAAUAUUGAAAUAAAAUCUCUUUACUUCAGACAAGAGACUCUUAUCUUGA